AUGAACGCUACCUUCCAAAUCAAGUAUACCUCGGACUUCGACACUGACAAGAACGAGACUUAUUAUGCCUGCGCCGAUAUCAGAUACGUCGCUGCCAGCAAGUUCACUACUCAAGUGCCUUGUUUCAACGUUACAGCGGAUGAGUUCACCGCUGUCACUAGUACCACGGCUACCGCAGGCGCCACUGCCACGGCCGGAUCAUCUAGCUCUUCCCCCAAGGACUCGGGUACCAAGGAGUCAAGCUCAGGUCUUUCUGGCGGCGCUAUCGCCGGUAUCGUGGGUAUUCCCGCGGGUAGGUCGGAAUUCACCUUUCUUCCAACCCGCAAUAGCCGCUCUAGACGUCGUAACCACGAGAAAAACUCUGCUAGCUCGUCUGAUCUGAACGGUAUAGGCGUACAGGCGGAGGGAUCAUUGGAGAUCAUUAGAGAUAUAUUAUAUGAAUUUAUAUCCUCGGUAUUUAUUGGGACUGACAGCUUUUUCUGCCCCUUAGUACUAUGCACUAUUCGUGAUCCUUGUCUUUUGCCUCACUAUCCUUUCUUCCCUGCAUUUCUUCUCCCCCCUUAUCAACCACACCAUUGUACAAGAUGCGAUGGCACACAGCCAGGAUGCAAGACCUGCGAGGUCUACGGCGUGGAGUGUCGCUAUGAAAAGGCCCCACCCAUGUCGCAGAUCCUUGCCAUGGCCAAGAGAUUACAAGAGACUGAGCAAACGAUCACCGAGCUGCGUAUCGCGUUGCACGAGGCGAGAGAAGCGAACGCGGCUCAGCAUACACUUUCAAUAGAGCGUCAGAUUCCCAAUACACCCUCGGCCGAUACCAGUUUCGAUAGCGCUUCGUACAUCGAGGCGAGCUCGUCUACACAGGUGGCUCCUGAAUCCGAGACGGCGCCGGAGCAGAUACUGCUUUCGGAUCUCAGUCUUGAUGAAAAUGGCAAGGUAUGUAACACACCAACGCAAAAAGCCCCAUGUAUGUCCAUUGACCCCGUGGCAAUCUGGAUAGCUUUGCUACUAUGGUCCUACAUCCGCCGUCCACGCACCACCACCGGCAGAAUCAACAAACGAAAUGCGGCGAUUCAAACCGACAUCCCUCGGCAGAUGAUAUCGAAACUCCUUCAAAUUCAUUGGACGUGGAUUGCACCGAUGUUCAACUGGGUCUAUCGCCCAGCGUUCAUGCUCGUCGUCAUGUGUGCUCACGCGGCACAUUUUGACGAUCACCAAAUAAGCGAACUUUUGAUCUCAAGAGCUCGCCUCCUCCUAGGCACUGAAAUACUUAAUCCCAGCAGCAUUCCAACGGCUCAGGGUCUCCUUCAGCUCAGCGCUCGCGAGCUCGCUUGGGGUUCAAUAUCCCAAGCAUGGCUGUACAGCGGCAUGGCUUUUCGCAUGGCCAUAAGCUUAUUCCUUGGACUGGAUGAUUCGGCGGAGAACGACCUAUGGGCUCCAUACUAUGGUGACCAACUCAGUCCCGAUAAGGCUCCCCCAGGGGAAUAUCCGCCGAUGAAGUCCCACUUGGUUUCAAGCUUCCAAAACGUAUGCAAACUUGCUAUUAUUUUGAAUGAUAUCAUCCUUCAACUGUACUCCCGUCGUGGAAACAUCUACAUGGAUGAAGCGUUAAACAGAAUUCAAGCUAGACUUGACCACUGGAGAGAACAGUCGCCUGUGCAUUUAAGAUGUGAUCCGGACAACUUGCCCGAAAUCUGUCCCCCGCCCCAUAUUAUCGCGCAAAAGUAA